ACAUUUUAUUCGGUUACAUUAUCAUUCCCACGCUCUCGAGGUAGAGGUAGAGAGGGAAGAGCACACACGCACGCGCCGCGCCCUCCCUCCGCCUCGACCGCCACGAUGUCGUCCGCCAUCGACGACGGCAUCGAGGUCAACCGGAAGCCGGGGAGGAAGAACCUCGUGAUCGCCGGCUCCUCGGCCGCAGUUCUCAUGCUCCUCGUCGUCGGCACCGUCGCCACCGUUCUGAACCAGUCCGCCGAAGAGUCCGGCGGCGUCUCCGCCCGGUCGAUGCACUCGACGUCCAAGUCCGUCCAGAUGAUCUGCGCCUCCACCGACUACCGCCAGACGUGCGAGUCCAGUCUGUCGAAGGCCGUCAACUCCAGCAGCGACAACGACCCGAAGGCGAUCCUCCACGCGGCCGUCUCCGUCGUCGUCGACGAGGUCGGGAAGGCCUUCGCCCACUCCCGCCUUCUCGACAGCAACAACAGCCGCGUCAAGUCGGCCGUCCAGGACUGCCUGACGCUCUUCGACGACUGCAAGUACGACCUGAAGCGGUCGCUGGAGAGCAUCAUCGCGCACGCCGCCACCGACCACCUGUCGAAGCGGUCGCACGACCUCGAGACGUGGCUCAGCGCCGUGAUCUCGUUCGAGGAGGCGUGCGUCGACGGGUUCCCGGAGGGGGAGCUGAAGGCGAAGAUGAAGGCGGCGAUGAAGAAGGCCAGGGAGCUGUCAAGCAACGCGGUCGCCAUCAUCGGGCAGGUGUCGAGCUUCCUGUCCAUGCUCGACAUCCCCGGGCUGAGCGGCCGCCGCCGCCGCCUUUUGACGGCGCAGAAGGAGCCCGCGCUUGCAGCGGCCGCAGCAGGUCUUAAGGAGGACGGGCUCCCGCAAUGGAUGUCGAGCACCGAACGGAGGGUUCUCAAAUCGCACCAUAAGCUCAAGGUCAAGCCGAAUGCCACGGUCGCGAAAGACGGCACCGGCGACUUCGCCACCAUUUCCGCGGCUUUGGACGCGAUGCCGAGCGAAUACAAAGGAAGGUACGUGAUCUACGUGAAAGAGGGGAUAUACGAGGAGACCGUCAAUGUGACGAAGAAGAUGGCUAAUGUGACCAUGUAUGGGGAUGGCUCGAAAAAGUCGAUCAUAACGGGAAGCAAGAACUUCGUGGACGGCACCAGAACCUGGCAAACCGCAACAUUCUCCGUCUCCGGCGACGGCUUCAUCGCGAUCCGGCUCGGGUUCCGCAACACGGCGGGCGCGGUCAAGCACCAGGCGGUGGCGCUACGCGUGAAGGCGGACCGCAGCAUCUUCCUCAACUGCCGGAUGGAGGGCUACCAGGACACGCUCUACGCGCAGGCCUACCGGCAGUUCUAUCGGGGCUGCGUCAUCUCGGGCACGGUCGACUUCAUCUUCGGUGACGCCUCGGCUGUGUUCCAGAACUGCAUCAUCGUCGUCCGCCGCCCCCUCGACAACCAGCAGAACAUCGUGACCGCCCACGGCCGCGUCGACCGGCAGCAGAAGACGGGCUUCGUCAUCCAGCGCUGCCGCAUACUCCCCGAGCAGGGCCUGACGGAGGCGGCGGCACACAAGGCCAACGUGCGCAGCUACCUCGGCCGGCCGUGGAAGGAGUUUGCGAGGACGGUCGUGAUGGAGUCGCACAUCGGCGGCUUCAUCCACCCGGACGGCUACAUGCCGUGGGAGGGCGAAUUCGCGCUGUCGACGUUGUAUUACGCCGAGUACAAUAACUUCGGCGGCGGAUCGAACGUGUCGACGCGCGUCCCGUGGCCGGGGUUCCACGUCAUAAGCCGGAGAGAGGCCGAGCGCUUCACCGUCGGCAACUUCCUCUAUGGCGCCGAUUGGAUUCCGGCCACCGGCGCGCCGUUUCGCCUCGGCAUGUACACGCGCGAAUGAGAGCACUUCAAUUUUUUUGUCUAGAGAGUAAAUUGACAAGGGAGGAAUAAAAGGGCGGGAGUUCUCGUUU